UAUUUUCUGUUUAGAUAUUGGUAUCUUGAAACAUCAUGGAGUGAAAUGAAUUAAAGUAAACAAUUUACUAUCAUUCUCAUGCUGUUUUAAUCAUAUCACAUCAUAUGCUGCCAAAUUUGAUUAAUUGUUCGUAAACUUCUGCCAGUUAUGAAUUCGUUAGUUCGCCAAUUCCUAAAUUUAAGGACCAUCAAUUGUCUGCAAGUGGUUCAUAAAAGAGCUUACUCUGUUACUCACGAGGAAAAACCUCUAGCAACAACAUCAACAACUCCAGUCUCUGAACCAGCAACUCGCACGUCUGAACCAGAUACAACUGGACUAUAUGAAUUUUUUGAUUCACCUGACAACUGGGGGGAACAAAUUGUAAGAGUUGGUCGGGCAUGGCGUGUUGAAGAGUUACGAGUAAAAAGUAAUAGUGAUCUACAUAAACUUUGGUUCGUUUUGUACAAGGAGAAAAACAUGCUUUUGACUAUGCAAGAAGCCCACAAAUCUGAAUGUCGUGCUUUUCCGAAUGAAGAGAGAAUAGAUAAAGUAGAAGAGUCAAUGGAAAACUUGGAGAAAAUAGUUCGCGAAAGAAAUGCAGCUUAUUUUAAAUUAGAGGUUUCAGAGGAUGCAACAGCUGAGCGAUCUAUGGCCUUUAGAAUGGAUCAAUUCGGUCGAUGGCGAUGGCAACCAAUUUAUGAACAUUUCUUGCCAUACAAAGUUAGCAAAAACUGGAGGACUGUUUUUGGACCUGGACAUGGAAAAGAUGUUAAUGAAUUUAUACGUGCUUGGAAAGAAAGAAGAAGAAAUGCAGAAUAUUCUAAACUAAAAAGACAACAUUAUACUGUGAGAAAUCUCCUGAGAAGGUUUCCGAGUAUCGAUCUUGAUUAUCUUCAGAGAAAAUAUCCUCAAGUUCCAGUUCAACAUUAUAAAGAUAACCUCAACUUUGAGCCUGAAUAUAAAAAUCUAGUUAGUAGAGGAGCUUAUGAAGAGCUACAUUAAACGGCAAAAAAAAUUUGUAAUUAGUGAUUUUCGUGAAAUUAAAUAAAUUUAAUCCCAGUCAAAGUUCUGCUCUUCA